AUGGAAAGAGCGCUUGCUCUGCUUGCACCAAAGUGUGGUAUGCCUAUCGCAUAUUUCCUUCAGCAAGAUUACUCGAAUGUUCUUGCGAUAGAAUAUGCACGAAAAUUUGAUACACCGAAAUUGGCUGUACCUAUCUCCAACAAGCUUGGCUUUUCUGUAUAUCGCCUAAAUAACCCUUUCGCACGUCAAAAAUGGGAAAUAACUUUUCAACCAACAGAAACUAUGCGUAUGCGCGCAGAACAAACUAAACUAGUGCUCAUCGCCGCCGCUGUCACCCCCCCAGCAAUAUACCGUAGUAGUAUAGUUGAUGAUCAUGAAGAUAGUAGUUGUAGUGUUGAAAAAGGUUAUAAUGGUGGGGAUAGUGGUGGUGGUGAUGAUGAUAGUGACGUCGGCGGCAAUGGCCGCGGAGACGGAGAAACUUCACUCCCGAAACCUUUCAUCAGAGCUCCGGCGAGAUUUUCGUCGAUAGCACCAUACGACGCCCACCACAGCGACAUCGAUUUCUCUCUCAUAUUCGAUGUUGGUUACGCCAACCGGCUGAUUCCAUGGAAUCCAGAUGGCCCUAAAAUGAUUGAAUCUCUACAUCUCACUGCCCACAAUAACAUAUUCAAAAUCCAUCCCGAUCAUUUUAUAGUCAACGGCUACAAUGCCCUCCCUGAUGCGCAUCUAUAUAUGAAGAGGAAAUUGCUCUGUCGUUUGAUUAGGAAAAUCGCAGAGAAAGAACACGAAGAUUCGAAAUGGGGUACUGUUAAUAUUAUGCGACAUGAGCCUGAAUGGUGGAUUGAUGGAGAGGUGGAGGAUCCCGCUCUAUAUCGAGAGAGUCGCGGUUUUGAUGACAGAAAAGGCCAUAACACUCCCAACAACACCUUCUGCUCAUAA